AUGAGCAGCGUUCCCGCCCCUCUUCGCUGGGGUUUCCUUGGUUGUGGUCGUAUUUCGGCAGACUUUGUCAGUGCUGCAAAAUCCCUUGAUAACGUCGUGUUUCAAGCUUGCGCCGCUCGUUCCUUGUCGAGCGCCGAAGCUUUUGCCAAAGAGCAUGAAAUUAUCAACGCGUACGACUCCUACGACACUCUCGUCUCAGACGCUCAAGUGGACGUCGUAUACAUUGGCACUCUCCACCCGUGGCAUUAUGAACACACGAUGUUAGCCUUAACCCAUGGAAAACACGUUCUGGUCGAGAAACCAAUGGCUAUGAAUGUGACCCAAGCUUCCGCUGCCAUUACUCUUGCCCGAGAGAAGAAGCUUUUUCUUAUGGAAGGAAUGUGGACGAGAUUCUUCCCUGCAAUUCGCCAUGUUCGGCAGCUUCUGGCUGACAAGGAGAUCGGAGAUGUGCAUCAUGUACACGCAGCAUUCGGUGUUCACUUUGAUGCCGAUAAUACUCGAAUGUGGCAUAAUGAGCUUGGAGGAGGAGGUCUUUUAGACAUUGGAAUUUAUCCUCUAGCUUUUGCAGUGAUGGUGUUUGGUGCCAAACCAGAGAAGAUUACGUCAGCAGGAAAGCUCAAUGAUGGUGGAGUGGACGUUUACAACUCUGUCACGCUCGAGUACACCAACUCUCGUUUCGCUACCAUCGAGUACACGAUGUUGGCCACGCUAGAUGAGACUGUCACUAUUACUGGAAGUAAAGGAUGCAUCCAUCUUCCUGCCUCGGCUCAUACAGCCACAGAAGUACAAGUGGUAAAGUUCCAGGACGAUGGCUCGCAAACGAAAACAAAGUCAUGUUUCCCAUGGCCGACGCCUGUUCGUGGUGCCAAUUUUAACUAUAGCGGCUCAGAGGGAUUUCGCUACGAGGCGGAGGCUGUUGUCAAGGCUAUUCAGAGCAAACAGCAUGAGAUAAAGGAGUAUUCGUUGGACGAAUCUCUACAGAUUAUGACCAUCAUGGACAAGAUCCGCAAGGAUAUGGGUCUCGUUUAUCUUGCGGACAAAAAGUAA